GACUUGCAGCCACCUGACACGACGCAAAACGACCAGGAAAUACCCAGGCACGGCGAUGAGCUUAGCGCUCCUGCAAGGCUACUCCUCCGCCGAGGAGGACGACGACCACGCCGCCGGCGCCGGCGCCGAGCUGAGCGAGUCCGGUGAAUCCUCCGCCGAGGAGGCCGGAUCGGACGGAGACGAGGCGUCCGCUCCUCCGAAGCCGGCCUCCAGGCCCCGCCGCCGCCCAAACCCUAAGGGGGGAGAUGCCGGCGGCGGCGAAGGGGACUCCUCGCUGCCGUCCGCGCUUGAGGCCUUCGCUGACGUCUCCGGUCCCCCGGAGUUUCUGAGGCACAGGGUUGCCGAGCCCGAGGAAGGGACGGAGGCACUUGGCGUACUCGAUCGCCGCGGGAAGGAGGGGAGCAAGCACCCGCCUCCAGGUGCCGUUGUGGUGGCGCAACCGCAGUUAGUUGCUAUUCGUGAGCGAGUUACCACAACUAGUUCCAACCCUCCUGGGUCAGUGACGUCUGGUUCUGUUGAUGGAAAAAGAGUUAUAGGCGCUGCAAAUCCUGGUCCAGAAGAUGCAGCUGAUCUUCUGAGGAUGUGUCUCCAAUGUGGUGUGCCAAAGACUUAUUCACAUGCUAAGGGUAUGGUUUGCCCUCUCUGCGGUGAUAGACCAGCCCAGCCGAAAGAGCCCGAAAAGAAGAAGGGUUCCACUGUCAAGGACAAGGAGAAGAUCAAGAGGAUGAAGGGGCAAUCGUCGCACGCUUCGUGGAAGAGCGAGACAGAGAUGGCUCUUCGACAACAGUUCGACUGAUAGAUAGUUAGCAUGGUCAAUGUCUAGAUGGAAUUCUGGGGAAACCUUUGUCGCCUGUGUAGUGUACCGUAUACUGUCCCCGAGUGCCUUACCCUGGGUUCCAGAUCGCCAGAGCCAUUGUUUUGCUUGUUGUAUCAGCAGCAUUUUUUUUUCUGCCAGGAACAGUUUUGUUUACUAAGCUGUCAAAAUUGAAUCUCAGUAGUUAGCA